CACUUUUUUAGGGCCAAGCUUAAGGGGAAACUUCUGAUGAAAAAAUCCACCAGACAGGGUGCAGAAACCAAUAACCAGGAUGAAGGGUCUGGUGAGGAGGCUGCCAGGGAGGGCACAGGAGUAAGCGUGAAGGCUUUGAUUUAUACAGUGGGCAAAACAGGCUGUGUAGAACAUGAAACUGGGGUAAUACAAGAAAUAGAAGGCACUGUAGGAUGUAUGGGAGCAGGACAGGGGACAGAAGGCACGGUAGGGCAUAUAAAGGUAGGACAGGGGACAGAGGGUACAGUAGCUACUAAUGUGGAAACCAUGGCUGGAUCCAAAGCAGCUGAAGGGGGUUUUGGGUCUCAGCAUGCAGAGCACAGAGGUCACAGAUGUUGGGACCUCCACCCAUCCAGAAGGUCACGAUAUAGGAGCUCUGAGCUGCAACAUAUGUAAAGGGACCGAAGAUUUGGGCAGCAAAGAUUGUAA